CCAGAUUUAAGACCGACUGAAGUAGAUUGGGGCAGAAGUAAAAGCCUACGCCAGGGUUUAAAUACCAAUGGAGCAAUCAUGAAAUCUGAAUUUCUGUGUCUGCCUUAGAGUGCGAAGAAACUUCCAGUUGUGUGAGAAGUAAAAGAUUUACAGCAGGAAUGGCAAGCUUUUUCAAUUCCCAAUCGCAGGAGAAAGAGGGCAGCGAUGGCGGCAUCCUCUGCGCCAACAAGUGCGGAUUCUUCGGAUGUUCUGAAACAAUGAAUUUGUGCUCUGUAUGUUAUAAGCUUCUUAUGAAGAACCAGAACAAUGCCAAGGCUGAGGAAGAUGGUACUUCUUCUUCUUCUUCCACUCCUGAUGUUUCGAUGCAGCUGUCGAAGGGAAAUAAUGAGUGUAAGAGAUUAAAGAAUACAGGAACAGGAGAGGAAGGGGGAGAAGGGGAAAAGGGUGAUGCAAAGCUGAAGCCAAAUCGCUGCACUUCCUGCAAGAAGCGCGUGGGAUUGACGGGCUUUCAGUGCCGUUGCGGAGAUAUGUUCUGUGGCCUCCAUCGGUAUGCAGAGGAGCAUAAUUGCCCGUAUGAUUACAGAAAAGGCGCUCAACAAUCUAUCGCUAAAAAUAAUCCUGUCAUCAAGCCUGAGAAAUUUCAGAAGUUUUGAUUUCAUCGGACGCUUACUUGUUACUUUGUUUAACCUAUCCUUAGGGGAUUUUUACCCUUUGUUUGGACGGAAAUAGUUUAGCAUUUGCAGGGGAUUUAAAGGGUAUGUAUAGUUUAGGGUUCAGAAAGUUUGCAAAUACAAUGUGAAAUGUUUGCCAUUACUUUCCGGACUACUUUUGAGAAUUGGGCUACAAUUACAGGUCUCUGUGCUGACAGAUCUUCUAAAAAUUGAUGACUGUCUGUCUAUUCUCCAGAUUAAUACUGACAGUAGUGGGUUUUUUUCUUUUUCUUUAUAUGUUUUAUUCAUUCUUGUGGAUGGAGUGAACCUCGAUUGUUCUCUGCUUCAACUGCAUGCAAGGCAAAAGGAAUUUUGUAAUGUACUUGUUUCUCCAUAUAUAUAUGGAAUGUACUUGUUUUUCUAUGUAUUGUUAAUCCUUUUUAGUAAUUUUGUUUUCCA